CGCGUCCAGGCCCUGCGCGAGGUGCAAACCGGCGAAUGCAAAGGAAAUUGAAAAAGCCGUGCAGGAGGUGGGCAUGGUGCCGUAUCGUUGUACUGCAGUCGAGUUAGAAGCCGUGUGGCGCUGGACUAGCACUUUGUUCUAGAGAGUUCGCGAAGACGCUGGCGGGUGAGUGAGAGCGGGCAGUACAGAGUGCAAAUAUUGUUACCAUGGAUAGACCGAUUAUGUGGUGUUUUUUCCUCUGGCUCCUAGGAGCUCUAAUUCCUUUUCAAGCAGAUUCAGUGGCUGUGAUGUCCGUAGACCUGGGAAGUGAGUGGAUGAAAAUAGCAAUAGUAAAACCAGGAGUGCCAAUGGAGAUCGUCCUAAACAAAGAGUCAAGGAGGAAAACUCCAGUAGCCGUGUGUCUGAAAGAGAAUGAGCGACUGUUUGAAGAUGGGGCAAUGGGCAUGUCGGUGAAAAACCCCAAAGUUGUGUUCCGGUAUUUCCAGGAUCUCCUGGGGAAAGAGCUGGGCAACCCUCUAGUUGAGCUGUAUCAGAAACGUUUUCCUGAGCACCAGCUAGUAAAAGAUGAGAGCAGAGGAACGUCACUGUUCAAGAUUUCAGAUGAGCUCCGGUAUUCCCCUGAAGAGAUCUUGGGAAUGAUUUUGAAUUACUCAAGAAAUCUUGCUCAAGACUUUGCAGAGCAGCCUAUUAAAGAUGCAGUGAUUACUGUCCCGGCCUUCUUCAAUCAGGCAGAGAGGAGGGCAGUCUUACAGGCAGCUCAAAUGGCCAAUCUGAAAGUCCUCCAGCUCAUCAAUGAUAACACUGCCGUGGCACUAAAUUAUGGUGUCUUCAGGAGAAAAGACAUCAAUAGCACCGCACAGAAUGUCAUGUUUUAUGACAUGGGCUCUGGAAGCACUGUGGCCACAAUUGUGACCUACCAGACUGUGAAGACAAAGGAAUCUGGAACCCAGCCGCAGCUGCAGAUACGAGGAGUUGGUUUUGACCGCACAUUAGGUGGCUUGGAGAUGGAGCUGCGCCUACGUGACCACCUGGCGGAGCUUUUUAACAAGCAGCAGAAGACAAGCAAAGACGUACGCGAAAACCCUCGUGCGAUGGCAAAGCUGCUAAAAGAGGCUGGACGUGUCAAAACAGUUCUGAGUGCUAAUGUGGACCACAUGGCUCAGGUGGAGGGUCUCUUGGAAGACUUGGACUUUAAAGCCAGAGUAACAAGAUUAGAAUUUGAAGCCCUGUGUAGCGAUUUGUUUGAGAGGGUUCCUGGUCCUAUACAGCAGGCACUUGAUGUGGCCGAGAUGACCAUGGAUGAAAUCGAACAGGUCAUCCUUGUAGGAGGAGCUACCCGUGUCCCCAAAGUCCAGGAGGUCCUCCAGAAGGCCAUUGGCAGGGAAGAGCUUGGUAAGAACAUCAAUGCAGAUGAGGCAGCAGGUAUGGGGGCAGUCUACCAGGCAGCAGCACUGAGCAAAGCUUUCAAAGUGAAGCCCUUCCUGGUCCGAGAUGCUGCCAUCUACCCUAUUCAGGUGGAGUUUUCUCGGGCAGUGGAGGAAGAGGAAGAAGGAGUGAAAAGCAUUAAACAUAACAAGCGCAUCCUAUUCCAAAGAAUGUCUCCCUACCCCCAGCGCAAAGUUAUUACCUUUAAUCGUUACACAGAUGAUUUUGAGUUUUAUGUUAAUUAUGGUGAUGUCAGUUUUCUCAGUGAGCACGAUGCCAGGGUGUUUGGAUCCCUGAACCUUACCACAGUAAAGCUGACAGGAGUGGGCAGCAGUUUCAAGAAGCACUCUGAUGCUGAAUCCAAGGGAAUUAAAGCUCAUUUCAACAUGGAUGAGAGUGGUGUCCUCUACUUGGAUAGAGUUGAGUCUGUGUUUGAAGCUGUAGUGGAAGAGAAAGAAGAGGAGUCUACAUUAACAAAGCUUGGGAAUACUAUUUCCAGUCUGUUUGGAGGUGGGAGAUCAGAACCCAAGGAAAAUGAAACUGAAACAGCCCAGGAGGAAGAAGAAAGUCCACCAGAAGCAAAAAAGGAAGAUGAUGAUGAUGAUGGAGCCAAGAAAGCCAGUGAUGAUUCCCAGGAUGCUCAGGAGGAUGAGGCCAAGAGUGAUGGGGAGAAAGCAGAGGCCAAGGAAGGUGAAAAUGGUGAGCAACAGGAAGACAAGGAUCAGGCCAAUGAAGAGUCGAAACCAAAAGAGGAAUCAAAAGAAGAAACUGCAGAGAAAGAGGAAAGCAAGACAGAUGGCAAGGAAACAAGCAUCAAGAACAAGCUGCCAAAAAAAUCUAAAAUCUCUGAAGAGAUUGGAGUGGAGCUGACGGUCAAUGACUUGCUAGACCCAACUGUGGAGCAAAUUGAACUUUCUAAAAAAAAGCUGCAGGACCUGACUGACCGAGACUUGGAGAAGCAUGAGCAUGAGAAAAUGCUGAACAGUCUGGAAGCCUUCAUCUUUGAGACGCAGGAUAAACUAUAUCAAGAAGAGUACCAGAACGUAAUCACAGAAGAUGAAAAAGAUCAAAUUUCUGGAAAGCUGAGUGAGGCAUCCAGCUGGUUGGAUGAGGAAGGAUAUUCAGCCGCUACUAAGGAUCUGAAGGAGAAGCUGUCUGAGCUGAAGAAACUCUGCAAGGCUAUGUUUUUCAAGGUGGAGGAGCGACGGAAGUGGCCUGAUCGCCUUGCAGCACUGGACAGCAUGCUCAACCACUCCACAUUCUUUCUCAAGAGUGCCAGGAUGAUACCUGAGGAUGAACAGAUUUUCACUGAAGUAGAGCUCAACACUCUGGAGAAAGUGCUCAAUGAAACAACAGCAUGGAAAAAUGACACUGUUGCUGACCAGGAGAAGUUGUCGCCAACUGAGAAACCAGUCCUAUUGUCCAAAGAUAUCGAAGCCAAGCUGGGGCUCCUGGACAGAGAGGUCAAGUACUUGCUGAAUAAAGCCAAGUUUGCCAAGCCUAAACCAAAACCCAAAGAGAAGAGCAGCAACACCACUGCUGACCAAGAGAAGGUCAUUCCGUCCAAAGAGGAGCAGGUGGGAGAAGGCACACAAUCUCCAGAAGAAGCAAAGCCAGCAGAAGAACCUCCCACGGAAGGAGAGUCUGCUGAUAAGAAGAAUGAGGAAAAUGACAGCUCCCCAGAGGCCACAACAUCCAAGGAGCCAGAUGGCAAAUCUAACACGGAAGCACCGGAGUCCCCCAAAAUAGAUAGCCACUUGGAAGAUGAGCUCUAACCUUUGGAACAGUGGAGCCAAUUUGCUGUAUUUAUUGACAUUACUUUUUUGUAAUGUGCUGCUUUUUCUGUAAUUUAAGCCAGAAUGCGUCUGUGGUAUAGUCUGGAGAUAUGGAGAUGUAAAUUUCACAUUGUAGUGUGUGUGUGGGAGUGUGUGCGAGUGUGUGUGGCUGUCCAGUCCUUUUUAUUUUUUUUGUAUGGUUUUGUUUUAAGCGCCAACCAACACCCCUAAAUGCACUUGACAACUAGACCUUCAUAUGUGGGACCCGCUUGAUACUUUGCCAUCCUAAAAUAUUGCGUUCCUUUUGUGUUUUUAGAGUGUGUGUGUGUGUGUGUGUGUGUGUGUUCUAAGGUGCUCUCCUGAAAACUAAUUCUGUUCAUCUCCCUAUAAAAAAAAAAAAAAAACAA